AUGCCUCGUCACCACCCGAUUCUAGUUCAUAAACAAAUUUCAGCCCAUUUGCAAGCUGGCCUGUUAAAACAACCACCCCGCUCGUACCCGGCUCUAGUGAACUUCCCACCCAAUCCGACGCCACACCCGAACCAAAAAAAGAAGAACUUAGAGCCGAUCAAGUUUGUCGUCAGGGACAGGCUCCGCAAGGCUUUCUUCAGGGACCAUCCUUUCGAAGCCUAUCGACCCGUCAGCCUCGUCGAAGAAUCCGCCGAGCACCUCUUAUCUAAAGUCCAUCGGGAUCUUUCCGCCUGUGAUCGAUUGGAUCAAAUCAGUUGUAAACCAUCUGCUGAAGACUGCAUCGCAUUCGCAGAGCGUUUACACUAUGACAGAGGCUACAACCUGAACCAGGCCUAUAAGAUCGCAGUCAGCGAAUUCCGGACUUUACGGUUUGAGGAGCAAAUCCGGGCGAGUUUCGCCCGACAAGAGGCUGAGUAUUACAGUACACCGCUUGAAGGAGAACUAGACGAGGCGAGCCAAGUUCAGCCAGAGACUAAGACGAAGGAUGAUCAAGUGUGGGGAAGAGACCUGAUCAAACGCUCGCUCGAGAUCCAGGACCGCUUCAUCAUACAAUCUAAUGCCAAUUCUACUCGCAAAACUCUCGACCGUUCGGCCACUCGCUCCGCUCCCUCCUCCUCCUCCUCCUCGCCCUCGCCAAAACCGACGGAUAGUCCAAUCAAUCAUAACAAUCGACUGAUCGGAUCACGUGUCAAGAACUCCAAUCAUCUCGGAAUCCAAGAUCAUCUCAAGUUCAACCAGCUCAUCAACUCAGAAAUCCUCAAGAAAUCCAAACGAUUAUCCGCUCUUUCUCAAACUCCUUAG